UCAUGUCGAUGAGCCCAAAGCAUACGACUCCUUUCUCAGUGUCUGACAUCUUGAGUCCUUUGGAGGAAAGCUACAAGAAAGUGGGCAUGGAGGGCAGUAACUUGGGGGCUCCCUUGUCAGCCUACAGACAGUCUCAGGUUUCUCAGCCGGCCAUGCAGCAGCACCCCAUGGGCCACAACGGAACAGUGACUGCCGCCUACCAUAUGACAGCGGCAGGGGUCCCCCAGCUCUCCCAUGCUACGAUGGGGGGCUACUGCAAUGGGAACCUGGGCAACAUGAGCGAGCUCCCGCCUUACCAGGACACCAUGCGGAACAGCGCUUCGGCGACAGGAUGGUACGGCACCAACCCGGACCCCCGCUUCUCCUCAAUCUCCCGCUUCAUGGCGCCGUCCUCGGGCAUGAACAUGGGCGGCAUGGGCAGCCUCGGCUCCCUGGGAGACGUGAGCAAGAGCAUGGCCCCGCUCCAGAGCACGCCGCGGAGGAAACGGAGGGUCCUUUUUUCCCAGGCCCAGGUUUACGAGCUGGAGAGACGUUUCAAGCAGCAGAAAUACCUCUCCGCCCCGGAGAGGGAACAUUUAGCCAGCAUGAUACAUCUCACCCCGACUCAGGUCAAAAUCUGGUUCCAGAACCACCGCUACAAGAUGAAACGCCAGGCCAAAGACAAGGCUGCGCAGCAGCAGAUGCAACAGGAGAACGGCUCUUGCCAGCAGCAGCAGUCUCCCAGAAGGGUGGCGGUGCCAGUGCUUGUAAAGGAUGGCAAGCCCUGCCAAGCAGGCUCCAACACACCCACAGCAGCUAUCCAGAGCCAUCAGCAGCAGGCAGCUACAACGAUCACAGUGGCUACCAAUGGCAACAGCCUCGGACAGCAUCAGAACCACCAGACAAACAGUGCGGGGCAGUCUCCAGACAUGGGACAGCACUCGGCCAGCCCUUCCUCUCUGCAGAGCCAAGUCUCCAGUUUGUCUCACCUAAACUCUUCUACUUCUGACUAUGGCACUGCCAUGUCUUGCUCCACCUUGCUAUACGGUAGGACCUGGUGAAAGGAUUAAACAAAGCAAAAGAAAAAAAAUAAGGAAAAAAAAAAGAAAAAAAAAGGCAGAUUUUCCCAGUCACACAAAUCUCUGUCCUAUCCAAACUACUGGGUGUUUUUCUUUUUUUUUCUUUCUUUUUUAACG